GGAAAUACUAGUCAAAGCCCCCUAAUCAACUUUCAGCCACAAAUGACAGAUCCAUACAUGGAUAUAUAUGUAAUCAUCAGAACGAACAGAGCCACCAUGAAAGACAAUUCAUUCCCCCGACAUUACAAUCAUAAAUCAUCACAAAUUAACCAUGGAACUUAAUAUGCUGCCUGUCCUUCUUUCUCUUCCGUUUCUUGUCCUUGCUCUCAGGUUACUGCUCCACAAGAUUUCAAGUAACAAGAAACUUCCUCCAAGUCCACGUUCUCUCCCCAUCAUAGGCCACCUCCACAUCCUCAAACACCCUCUCCAUCGAACCCUAAGCGCCCUCGCCGAGAAGUAUGGCCCCGUGUUCUUCCUCCGGCUCGGCUCUCAACCGACGGUCAUCGUGUCGUCCUUGCAGGCGGCCGAGGAGUGCUUCACCAAGAACGACAUCGUGCUGGCGAACCGCCUGAAGAGCAUUGCAGGGAAGUACUUUGGGUACAACCACACCAUGGUCGCUGCAGUAUCCUACAGUGAUCACUGGAGGAAUCUGCGCCGGGUCUGCACCAUCGAGAUCUUCUCGACCCAGCGUCUCAAUGCCCUGAUGGGGAUCCGGAGGGACGAGGUCAGGAGGCUGCUCCGGAAGCUGUCCCUUGGCAGCUCCAUCCAGGAAUUUACCCGGGUAGAGAUGAGGUCCAAGCUGACUGAGCUAACGUUCAAUAUUAUGAUGAGAAUGGUGGCUGGGAAGCGGUAUUAUGGGGACGAUGUAGUCGAUGAUAAGGAAGCGAGGGAAUUCAGGUAUCUCAUCAAGGAAAUAACUAACGUUGGUCUUGCCGCGAACCCAGGCGAGUUCUUGCCCAUCCUGAGGUGGAUCGAUUACCAGGGGAUUAAUAAGAGGAUAAUUGAGCUCUCUAAGAAGACGGACGCGUUCUUGCAGGGCUUGAUCGAUGAACACCGACAGAAGAAGAUCAAUGGCUCGGAGAUCAGGAACACUAUGGUCGAUCAUUUAGUCAGCUUGCAAGAAUCAGAGCCCGACUACUAUACGGAUCAGAUCAUUAAAGGCCUCAUAAUGAUGAUGUUGCUAGCAGGGACAGACACUUCUUCGGUUACAAUGGAAUGGGCACUGUCUUAUUUGGUGAACCACCCCAACAUUUUGGACAAGGCGAGAAUUGAGAUCGAUGCACGGAUAGGCCAAGACCGCCUGAUUGAUGAACUGGAUAUCCCGUAUCUACACUGCCUCCAGAACAUCAUCUCCGAGACCCUCCGGCUAAAGCCGGCAGCCCCGUUGUUAGUACCCCACCGAGCAUCUGAAGACUGCCAGAUAGGAGGGUACCACGUGCCGCGCGAGUCAAUGGUCCUAGUCAAUGCAUGGGCCAUCCACAGGGACCCUGCACUGUGGGAUGACCCCACAGCUUUCAGGCCCGAGAGAUUCGAGGGCUCGUCCGAAGUGGACAACAGAGAAGCCCAUAAGCUUAUCCUGCCAUUCGGGCUUGGAAGGAGGGCCUGCCCGGGUGCGCCCCUCGCGCAGCGUAUGAUGGGCCUAACCUUGGGGUCGCUGAUUCAAUGCUUCGACUGGAAACGGGUGAGUGAGGAACCGGUCGACUUGACCGAAGGCGGGGGAAUCACUAUGCGUAAAGAGGUGCCAUUGGAAGUGAUGUGCAAAGCCCGGCCGAUCAUGCCCAAGGUGCUCGUUGAAGAUCUGAUCGAGUAGUGUUAAAAACAUAGAGUGAGCAUCCUUGAGACUUUGAAUGUACGAUACAGGUUGAAUAUAACUACUCAUGUUCCUUUAUUAAUUAAAUAUUUAGGAUUUUAAUUUUAUUGUAUUAA